GGGUUGCUAAGGCAGUGCCCAGACAGGAGCAGCUUUGGUGGACACCAGAGCCCUGCUCCUGAGCCUCCCGCUGCCUCAACCCACGCGUCCUGCUGCUUCGCUGCUCUUUCACACUGACCUGUAGCUGAACCUCCCACCUACCCUUGAGGACUUCGUUUGAACCCCAUCCUUUCCCAGACCCCUUUCCCCUCCUCCUCCUGCUCCAGCCUCAUGGUGACCUGAGAGGACCAAGACAUGCGACUGCGGUGGCUGCUCUUUUGGCUCCUCGUAUUGGGGUUUCCCAGCCAUCAGUCCACCCAGGAACUUCUGAGCCAUCCGUGUCUUCUGCGCUUGGGACCUGCCUCCAGGGAGUCUGCGUCCAAUCAGAGUGAUGGGAGCCCCAGAAGCCCGUCAGAUGGGACAGAAAAGGGUUUCGACCUGCUGGGGUGUUUGCAAGGCGGGAGUCACCAGGAGUGACAUGACCAGGGUGUGAGCAAGGACUGUAUUGUCCUUUGUUCUGUCAAAUGUGUCUUGUGAAGAUCAUUGAUUUACCCAAAGCCCUUUUGAUUGUCCAAAUGUAAAGAAAUCCAGGUUUCUAUUUGGAAUGGUUUUACCCUCACAUUAUAAUACCUCUCCACUACACUCAGGAGAGGGCACCUUCUAGAGACGAGAGUAUUUGUUCUAAGUGGCAUGCACAGAUUCUCAGAGAGGGAUCUGGACAGUCUAGUGAUGGGGAGCAACCACUGCAUGGAGGCAGAAUUGCCCCACAGGAAUGCCUCCAAUCAAAGAAGAGCCUCUUGAUUCUUUUGAGUCUAUGAAGGAGGAAAUGUCUUGAUCGUCUUUGUUGGAAUUUAUUUCCCUUUACCUGGCUGCAUUUUUAUAGAUCAAUUAAACUCUCAUUCCCUACCUGACCUUUUAAGACUUGGAUACAUUUUUCUCAUUGCAUUUUCCACCUCCACCCUUGCUCAUGGCCAUCAAUUAUCAGAACCUAAGCUUUCCCUGGCCCCAUGGGACCUAAUCUGGGUAGGAGCCCACUGCUGAUAACCUGCAUCCAGACAAUUGUCAGAUGUGACAACAGUGCCCAGGACGGGGAUGUUUUCCUGGUCAGUGACAAGGUGGCCUUUGUGCUUUUGUGCGUUUGAUCCACAUCUUUCACCACUGUGCCCAGAGCUCCUGCUUCCUGUCAGAGGGAGGCGCCUUAGGGACAGCGAGUCCCUCACAGGAUCCCAGGCUGCAGUCACCUCCACUGUGAGGCUGAAGACAAAAGUGCCACAGAGCUCAGAGGCUGCUUUCUAGAGAGAUUUCAUUUGCACAAAACUGUCUUGGUAUGUGGAUUGGUCUGAAUUGCAUUUUGAGUUUAUUUUGUCCUCCAAUACUUGUAAAUCCAGUGUUUGUAAGUACUAUGUGUGCCUAGUGUAAUGGUGGCCUACAUUCCAGAAAGUUCAUAUUGCUUUCCAUAUGGAUUUCCAAGCUUGCUCCUGAGUGCUUUAUGCACAAUGCUCCAAAAUACGAAGGUGAACUCUUGCUAGUGGUUACUUAGUUUUGUGUUUUUAACUGACCUCAAUUCUUACAGUUUUAAUCAUAAUUCCAGGAAGACUAUGUCAUGCAAAUCUUUCUGGACUUUGAAAAUCUGACAUGAAGUGCCCCAUUUCAGCAGUAGUGAACAUUGAUUUUCAAAAGUUAUUUCUAGAAACGGACUAAAUAACAAUCUGUGAUUAUUUUUGUUGGAAUAUAACCUAGGUGUUCUUAUUGUAGCAGCUGUCCACUCUCAGUUUUGUGUAUAGAUAAACAUAUAUUCAGGUAGUAUUUUCAUCUAUAACUUUAAGACUUUUUUCUUAUAUUUUUCUCAUUUUUCCACACAGUGUUGGCAUAUUUUUGGAUCUAUUUCAAAGAAUGUAACAAAAAUUUCUAAUAUUUAAAAGAAGGCCUUGGCUUCCCAACCAGUGGACAUGGAUGAAUCUGGAGAACGUCAUCCUCAGCAAACUGACACAAGAACAGAAAAUGAAACACCGCAUAUUCUCACUCAUAGGCGGGUGAUGAAAAAUGAGAACACAUGGACACAGAAAGGGGAGUACUAAACACUGGGGUCUAUUGGGGGGAAAAGGGGAGGGCCAGUGGGAGGGGGAGGUGGGGAGGGAUAGCCUGGGGAGAAAUGCCAAAUGUGGGUGAAGGGGAGAAGAAAAGAAAGCACACUGCCAUGUGUGUACCUACGCAACUGUCUUGCAUGCUCUGCUCAUGUACCCCAAAACCUAUAAUCCAAUAAAAAAUUAAAAAAAAAAAAAUUUCUUCUCAGGAAGAAUUACACAGAACAAACUAUACAAUUCUUUUUUUUUUUUUUUUUUUUUUGAGACCGAGUUUCGCUCUUGUUGCCCAGGCUGGAGUGCAAUGGCGCGAUCUCGGCUCAAGGCAACCUCCGCCUCCUGGGUUCGGGCAAUUCUCCUGCCUCAGCCUCCUGAGUAGCUGGGAUUACAGGCACGCGCCACCAUGCCCAGCUAAUUUUUUGUAUUUUUAGUAGAGAUGGGGUUUCACCAUGUUGACCAGGAUGGUCUUGAUUUCUUGACCUCGUGAUCCACCUGCGUCGGUCUCCCGAAGUGCUGGGAUUACAGGCGUGAGCCACCGCGCCCUGCCCAAAACUAUACAAUUCUUAAACGUAACAUUGCUAACUUGGAGAAGUACACACACCGGCAUAUCGGAACUCCCUUUCAAAAUCUGCAAUAUUACGUCACCCCAGAAAGUGAACUCUCCCUCUUCCCAACCAAUCCCUUUCUCAUCAGAGGUUGAUUUUGCUUCUUCUGGAAUUUGACGUCUAUAGAUGCAUGCCAUGCCCUAGGUACUCUUUGGUGUCUUUCUGAUUCUGCUUAACAACGUUUCUGAAAUCAUUCCCAUUGUUGCACGGAUCACUAACUCAGUCCUUUCCACUUUGGACUCUGUAUAUGCUCAGUCCACCCUGUUGAAUACCUAUCUCUGUUUAAUUACCAUCUUGAAAGAAACACUUAAAAUUAAGAUUUUUUUUUCUUUUUUUUGAGACGGAGUUUCGCUCUUGUUACCCAGGCUGGAGUGCAAUGGCACGAUCUCGGCUCACUGCAACCUCCGCCUCCUGGGUUCAGGCAAUUCUCCUGCCUCAGCCUCCUGAGUAGCUGGGAUUACAGGCGCGCGCCACCAUGCCUUGCUAAGUUUUUGUAUUUUUAGUAGAGACGGGGUUUCACCAUGUUGACCAGGAUGGUCUCCAUCUCUUGACCUCGUGAUCCACCCGCCUCGGCCUCCCAAAGUGCUGGGAUUACAGGCGUGAGCCACCACGCCCAGCCACAUAAGAAAUUUUCAAGAAAAUACAGUUCAAUCCUGAGGAAUCUAUGUAGCAAUGUUCUCAGAAGCCAUCUGAACUUACUCAGGGGAAGUCUUUGUCUUCAUUCACAUGAGUCUAAUGGAAUUAAUAUCAAGAAUCUUAGCUAUUCAUGCCAUGUUCAUGAUCCCACUUGGGUAUUUCUGAAUGAAGUCAUCUUUUUAUUAUAGUUUUUUGACUAAUGCUGUUUUUUUGUUUGUUUGGUUUUUUUGAGAUGGAGUCUUGCUCUGUCACCAGGCUGGAGUGCAGUGGUGCCAUCUCAGCUCACUGCAACCUCCGAUUCUCUGGUUCCGGUGAUUCUCCCGCCUCAGCCGCCUGAGUAGAUGAGGCUACAGGCAUGUGUUACCACACCCAGCUAAUUUGUGUAUUUUAAGUAGAAACCAGGGUUUCACCAUGUUGGCCAGGAUGGUCUUGAUCUCCUGACCUUGUUAUUCACCCACCUUGGCUUCCCAAAGUGCUAGGAUUACAGGCAUGAGCCACCACACCUGGCAACUUAUGCUGAUCUUUAAAUGGCAGAGAUUCCUGUAAUCCAAGAAAGAAAUGUGAGUGAUUCACAGGGAUUCUUUUUAUCAUGGGUCACGUAACAAAUACUUCCAAUGUUAUAUGUCAAUUUAAAAAGUAGUAACCUUAAAAAAACGAUAAUUACUUUACACCUAGCUUGUCCAACCCAGGACAGCUUAGAAUGUGGCCCAACAUAAAUUUGUAAACUUUCUCAAAACAUUAUGAUUUUGUUUUGUAAUUUUUUUAAGCUCAUCAGCUAUUUUUAGUGUUAAUGUAUUUUAUGUGUGGUUCAAGAUAAUUCUCCUUCUUUUAAGAUAGCCUAGGGAAGCCAAAAGAUUGGACAUAUUUGCAUUAGAGAAAAGACACCCCACAUUCACAAUGCCGGGUGUAGUGGCUCACGCCUGUAAUCCAAGCACUUUGGAGGCCAAGGUGGGCGGAUCAUCUGAGGUCGGGAGUUCAAGAGCAGCCUGACCAACAUGGUGAAACCCCAUCUUUAUUUAUAAAAUUUAAAAAAUGUAAAAUAAAUAAAUAAUAAUUUAAAAAAAACAAACCACUACCAGCCAUGCAAGAACCAUGAGACUGUUAACUUCCAAUCCUUCUUGAAGCAGUGGGAUCCCUGGUGAUAGAUGAGGGGUGUGGUUACCUCUUGGAGGAGGUUGAGGGUUUCUAAGGAUGAUUCCUUGUGACCGAAACAUGGUAAAUGUCAUUGAGCUUCUCAUUAUUCCAUCUGUUAUUAUUUCAGGUCAUCCAUGUCCUGCCUGAAAGUUUGCAUCCAGGGCCUGGCUUUUCUGAAAUUCCCUGGAUGCUUAUUAUAAUUGCUGUUUCCCUGGGAAUUCGUUCCCUUGCCAUUUUGUUGUGGAUAACUAGCCUCGGUGUGAAUACAUAACUUCUUACAGAGGUCCACUUGUAACCAUAAAUAAGAAGAAAUUAUUUAGAACAAUUCAUGGUUCUGAACUUUAUUAUGAAUAUUGAAUUUUACAAAAAAAAAAUCAGGGAAAUGAUUUAUUACCCUAACAAUAAUGAAAAUAUCUACCAUUUACAGAAUGAAAAUUAAGUAGGUUCACGUUUGUUUAAUAGGAUGUCAACAGCGCUUUUGGUCAAAAAUAUGUUUUUUACCUUUGUGCUGUUUUAUCAGAAAUGAAAUAAAGGUAAAUGCUGGAGUCCUUUUCACUCUGCCUAUUACAGGACACUUUAGUCUUUUCCCACAGCGCCCUCUCCUGGCUUGGCCUCUGCUCUUCAGGUUCUGGGUGCCUUUUCUGUCUGGCAUUUUUCAAAGCAAAAUCUUCCCCAUGAGCUUCCAGGCUUCUCCAUUCCCAGCUGGUCAUCUUUGUUGGCACCGCCAGAAGCCGUGAAUGCUUAGGGGCCGAGGACUGAAGGGCUUCCACUGGUCUGUUUGCAGAAAUAACACGAGGCGAUGCCACUGAGCUCCACUGCUGGAGGUCUCAUGGCCCAGGGAAUCCUGACUGAUCCAUUCAACUGAUCCAUCCCCAAAUAUUGUGAGGUCCUGUUUCCAAAAUAUGUAGGGUUUUGUUUUGAGCUGUGAUUUUAUUUCUCUUCUUUUUAAAAAUGUAUUUUAUUUCUCUUCUUCUAUAAGGUAGGCGAUUAGCAUUCAGAAUAUCUGCUGUAAUCCUGGAAGUGAAAAAAAAGUCAAAACUCCUUAAUCCAACAUUAAUUAGUAUGUGCUGUGUGCCACUUUGAAUACGCCUGGACAAAGUCAGUGCCAUAAUUCAUCAUAGUCCCAUCUGUGUUGUGCAGAGUUGCUCCCACUCCCACCCAGUGGCACCCUAGAUCUCACAUUCUAGGUAUAAGAGGUUCCGCAUUUGUAAUAGAAAAUGUGCCCUGGCUGUGAGGUAGUGAAGAGUGAACGUCACUCAUUACCUACAAGGACAAUUCCCAAUGACGACCCUCAAUGAUGCUCAGUGAAGCUGGUUCUCCUUGGCCUCUACGGUUUUGAAAGCUGCUGAGUCCUCUGAUCGCACAUGAUGGGACUGGUACACCUACAAUCAAACACAUUUUUAAAACGUCUGUUGUUUAGAAUUCCCACCUCAUUUUUCGAUGGAAUUUGGUGGAAAAAAUUAUUAUCUUUUAUGUCAUAGUGCACUUAAAUGUUGGAAGUUAAAAUGAUCGCUGUGCCAAACUAACAUCUGUAUGUAGGAUUGUUCUGUCAGAAAACCCUCUCCCAAUUCCCCUGCAGGUCUUCAGGAAUCCAGAUCUCCCCAGAGAUCUUUGUGCCCACAGGUGGCACCUCCAGAGUGGAGAAGAGCCUUUGUCAAGAAGGGAAGCAGAUGGGGGGAUGAGAGCGUCCUGCAGGCACAGCUGGAAUCGACUUCCACUCCGCCUCUUGCAAGCUGUGUGACCCUGGGUCAACAUGGCUGAACGGGAGCCUCAUCCUCUGUCAGAAUGGCCCAACCUAUCCUACCUCAUGGCUGGCCCUUCCAGACCAUUGAUGGGCUGCCGGGCACCUCCUCCACCUCCCGGUCCUCUGGGACCUCAAUCACUCUCUGCAACUGAACCUUCUCUAGAACCUCUGAUACCUCCUCCACUGGAACAACCUCUGGAGCCUGAAACACCUUCUCCAGCUGAAGGUUUCCUGAGACGUCAGACACCUCAGCCACGUGAGUUUCCUAAGGGACCUCAGCAACAUACUCCAGUCGAGUGUCCCCUGGACCCGCAAUCACCUCCUGACCUUGAGUGUUCCCCUGGAAGUUCAACAACCUCCAAUACUACAGUGUCCACUGGGAGUCAACCACCUCCUCAACGUGAGUGUCCCCUGGAAGUUCAACAACCUCCUAUACUACAGUGUCCACUGGGACCUCAACCACCUUCUGAAUGUGAGUGUCCCCUGGAAAUUCAACAACCUCCUGAAGCUGUCUCUUUUCUGGGACCUCAUCCUCCUCCUGCAGGUGUCUGUCCUGCAGCACUUCCUCAGCCUACUGCCGCUGUCUGUCCCCAGGACCUCAUGUUCCACCUGCAGGUGUCUCUCCUCCCAGACCUCAUCCACCUCCUGCCGGCAUUUGUGUGCCGGGACCUCAUGCACCUCCUGCGGGUUUCCGUCCUCUGGGACCUCAUUUCCCUCCUGCAGGUGUCUGUCCUGCAACGCCUCAUCAACCUACUGCAGCUUCUUGUCCCCAGGGACCUCAUCUACCUGCUACAGGUGUCUCUCCUCUGGGACCUCAUCUACCUGCUACAGGUGUCUGUCCCCUGGGACCUCAUCUACCUGCUACAGGUGUCUGUCCCCUGGGACCUCAUCUACCUGCUACAGGUGUCUCUCCUCUGGGAUCUCAGUGACUUUUCUCCUGCUCUGUGGCCUGUGGGACCUCAGCCUGCUCCUCCACUCAGCAGUCUGUUUGGCCUCAGCCACCUCCUCUACUGGGUGGCCUCUGGCCCCUCAACUACCACCUCUACAUGAGUCACCUCGGUUACUUCAAUAGUCUCCACUCACGGCCUCCGGGACUUCAGCCAACUUCUCCCCGGGCUCCUCUAGUAUAUCAGCCAUCUCCUCUACUUGGCUGGCCUCUGCGAUCUCAACCAAGUCCGUCACCUCAGUGUCCUCUGGGACCUCGGCCACCUCCUAUACCCAUGUGUCCUCCGGGACCUCGGCCACCACCUCCUAUACCCAUGUGUCCUCCGGGACCUCGGCCACCACCUCCUAUACCCAUGUGUCCUCCGGGACCUCGGCCACCACCUCCUAUACCCAUGUGUCCUCCGGGACCUCGGCCACCACCUCCUAUACCCAUGUGUCCUCCGGGACCUCGGCCACCACCUCCUAUACCCAUGUGUCCUCCGGGACCUCAGCCACCACCUCCUAUACCCAUGUGUCCUCCGGGACCUCGGCCACCACCUCCUAUACCCAUGUGUCCUCCGGGACCUCGGCCACCUCCUCCGCAUGCACCACUUUUCUUCUGAACAGUAUACAUUGACUUGUGAAAUGAAUUUAUCUUUCUUUUAUUUUUUUGAGUUAAUUGAAAUAUCACAGAUGUUACCGCAGGCCUUGCAGUACAAUGGUAACACUGGCUGAGGACGUGGUCACUUUUGUCAAGUUUCUGAGGGUGCACAGCUGGUCACAUUAUUUCUUCAUCAUGACCUUGGCAGGAGGUAUCUCCUGUAGAUGAGGAAAUAGUGUGUUUUAUUUUUGGGGAGGAUGGAGUCCCGCUCUGUCACCUAGGCUGGAGUGCAGUGGCGCAAUGCUGACUCACUGCAACCCCGCCUCCAGUGCUCGGGUGAUCCUUCCAUCUAAGCCUCUGGAGUAGCUGGGACUACAGGCAUGAACCACCAUGCUUGGCUAUUUUCUUAACAUUUUUUUAAAGACCGUAUUUCAUUAUGUUGCUCAGGCUGGUCUCAAACUCCUGGUAUCAUGGCAUUUGCUCACUUUGCCCCCCGCUUAAAGUGCUGAGAUCAGAGGCAUGAGCCACUGUGCCCAGCCAGAAAUUGUGUAUAGAAGCCAGAAAUAGCACUUUUGCAGGCGUGUAUGGCACCUGGGCCAUGUGGCCUGCUCUGUGAGGGAUGAGCCCCGUCCCUGACUCGCAGUGUCCUGGGUCCUGCAGCAAAGAGAUUCCCACUGAGAGGCCUUGAGCUUCUGACCACCCCUAAUAGAAGCGCAGGGCGAAGGGCCCCACAUGCAGACAGAGGAGACGGCAUCUCCUGGGAAUAAACAGGAGGCUGUGGAAGAGAAGGAUGAGGCAGGGAGGUGUCACAUGGGGGUUUGUUGAACUCAGGUGGAGCUGGAGGACUGCUCUUGGCCAGGCAAGCAGCAUGAGCAGGAGUGUGGGGUCUGCAUGAGUGCCACACAGAGCCACCGUGGAGAGCUCACACGGCACAGUGUGCACAGGGAAUGAUGCCCCCAGCACUUCCUAGUUUCCCUACAGCCUUUAGUCCACUAUGUGUAGAAAGAUGACUCUCCCCGGAUGUGUGAAGGCUCUGGAUCAGGGUGAAUGAAUGCUUAGAGGUCUGGGAACUUGAACUUGGUUCUGUCAGGGGACCCUGUCUCCCCGAGUUUUUAGGGGCUGAGGAAACUAACAAUGAAAAUGGGUCGGGUUCAGUGGAGCUGUGGCCUUGGCCUUCAGAAUGAGGCCCAUCCUGAGCUGCUCCGGCAUCAUCUCACCCCAGUGCCCUCUCCUUCCCACUGGGACUCCCAGCUUUGUAUCUCCUGAGCUGGGCAUGCAGACUCUCCCCUUUCCCUGUGUCCCUGCUGCCUAAGCCCAGACACUGUCUCUCAGUGGGACUCAGAGCCCCAGCUUCCUAAUAAAUGAGGCGAGAAUGAUGUGCUUAUGGGGUCAUUUUGAGGACUAAGAGACGAAGCCUAUAAAGAAAGCAUCUUGCAAAAUAGCUGGCAGGUGUUAGACCUGCCAGAAAUAUUCCCGUUCAGAAGAUCAGCAGAAGAUAUUCCCCAAAGUUCAUUCAAUAAACAUUAGGGUGUAACAGCUCAGGCCUGCGAUUUCCAAUCUCUGUUGCAAAAGAUAAGGGAAAGUACUUGUCUCCAAGAUUAAAAUUCAGGUUCUUACGAGAUGAAGGAAUUAGAGGAAUGCAUACACAGGUAACCUCUGAGAUCUGUAUCUGUGAUCUGUAGGUAAUUAUUCUCCACAACAUACAGACACACAUGCAGCCACUCACAGAAGUAUUCAGCAGGGGCAUAGUUAUUUCAUAGCAGAGAAAAUGUAUUUUGGGGGGGGGGAAAGGAUCACAUUCAUCUAUUUUUUUUUGAAAUGGAGUUUCACUCUUGUUGCCCAGGCUGGAGUACAAUGGCAUGAUCUCAGCUCAUUGCAACCUCUGCCUCCCAGGUUCAAGCAAUUCUCCUCCCUCAGCUUCCUGAAUAAUUGGGAUACAGGCGUCCACCAUUAUGCUCAGCUAAUUUUUGUAUUUUUAGUAUAGAUGGGGUUUCACUAUGUUGGCCAGGCUUGUCUUGAACUCAAGUGAUCUGCCUGCCUCGGCCUCCCAAAGUGUUGGGAUUAUAUGUGUGAGCCACCGUGCCCGGUUAUCCACCUGCUUCUAAGAUUACUCAUUUUUUCCUGCUGUCUACUGCUACUGGGCUCUGGCAGUGGCUUUCUCAGCUGCACUCAAUGAAGCCUCUUUCUGGGUUCACCAAGAAGAAGGUGGGUGCUCCCCGCCGCCAGUCCCAAUACCCAGUCAGGAGCCAGAUCUAUGACUGCCUUCUGCUGAUCUCGAAAAUGUGGUGUCAGCUUUUCUUGAUUUAGACCCCAGCGCCAAUUUUUUGUUCCUGGAACUCUGGGUUUUAAAAACAACAUAGUUUUGGUUUGAUGGCACUUUUUAAUCAAACAGAGAGAAGACAGACAAAUAAAUCACAGCCUGUUUCCUGAGAGAUUUCAUCAGCCCUAUGGUUAUUCUUCCUCUUCUACCCCGUGGUCUAUCAGGGCACACACAAAUGCAGGCUUCUACAUUACACACUCACGCAAACACCUGCCUUAAACACAAGCACGCACUGCCUUACUCAAAUGCACCUACCUCUCACACACACACCUACCUUACACACACACCUGCCUCGCACACACACACACACAGGCACCUACUCUCACACAUACAUUCACCUGUCCUUACACACAUUCACAUCCACUCCCUUACACACACAACACCCUGAUACACACACCUGGACACACACAGUUCCUCUCUCAUAAUUCAGAGGAAGAUGUCUUUACAACUAAGCUCUUACAUUCAAAUAAGAUUAGUCGUCUUGCCCCUUCAUUCCUGUGGAGCUUAACUAUAUCAUGAGAGGGAGAGUCUUUAUUAAAAUAAGCAUAUAACACUACAAAUGAAAAUAAGGAGUGAGCAUUUAUAUUUGCUUAGAAUGAACACAAACACAUUGCAGGGUGCUCCUCAGGACCUUAGGGCGGGCCCCCAAAGCUCAAGCCUCAGUAACUUUGUGGUACAUCUGUCCUUGAUGGAAAUGUUUUUAGCUAAAUUAGAGCAAACACUCCAGUAGAUGAUUGUUUGUGUUCCCAACCUCAGUGAAAUGUGACCAUCCACAAUGAUUUGAAGCGAGAUCUCAGGUAGUUAGGCCUUUCUUUGAUAUCCUUGAAUCUGAGUGAAGCACUUUGAUCUUCAUUGUCAAAUCCAUGUAGUGACCCCCUCGCAUCCCCCUCCUGCUUGGUGAAUGCAAGCUCUCUGCGUGAAACUCCCACAGGGACGCUGAGGGGGGGGUUGGUGGAGGCCAGGACAGCUGGCAGAGAGAGCUGGGUGUGUGGUGUGGCAUUUUGGAAGCAGAGCAUGCUCAGUGUCACUUUGUGGAUAAUUUCUGCAACAAAGGAGGAAACUUCUGCUGUUCCCACUGAAGUGGAGUCUCCAUGGAACCUGCAGCAGCCGGGGCUCCAGCGGGAAAAGUGCACCCACAAUAGCACACCCCAGGAAAGGCUGGCAAAAAGCUUCUGCCUUCGAAAAAUAGAAAUAAAUUGCAAGGCAGUUCACAGACUGGAAGAAAAUUCUGCAGAACAUAUAUUCAGCAAAGGGUUUGCAUUCAGAAUAUAAAAGGAAGUGUGUAAACACACAGACAUCUUAAUGAGGAUAAAAAGAACCCAAAGCUCAAAAGUGUUCAAAGAUUUGUACACACUUUACCAAAAAAAUAUAUGAAUGGCCAAGAGAUAGAUGAAAAAUGCUCUACAUCAGGAGUCUCCAGCCCUGUUAGGAACUGGGCAGCACAAAAGGAGGUGAGCAGACCACAAGCAAGCAUCGCCACCUGACCCCUGCCUCCCGUCAGAUAAGCAGCGGCAUUCGAUUCUCAGAGGAGCUCAAACCCUAUUGUAAACUGCACAGUCGAGGGAUCUUGGUUGUGUGCUCCUUAUGAAAAUCAAAUCCCUGAUCCUGAAAGCAUCCCUCAGCCUUCAUCACCAAUUCUCUGUGGGAAAAUUGUCUUCCAGGAAGCCAGUCUCUGAUGCCAAAAAAGCUUGGGGCUUACUGCUCUAAAUCACUAGCCAUCAGACAAUGCAAAUGAAAACCACAAUGGGAUAGCAUUGUGCCUACUAAAAUGGCUAAAUGUAAAAAGACUGGCAAUACUAAGUGUUGGUGAAGAUGUGAGUGUCACUUUCAUUCACUGCUGGUGGAAAUGAAAAAUGCAGCUGCUCUGGAACUAGGAAGCCAGAAUGUUGUAAGAUUUAACAUACACUUACUAUUUGACCCAACAAAUUCACCCCUAAGUAUUUCUCCAAGAGAAAUAAAAACACAUGUCUGUACAAAUAUGUACAAAAAAUUUAUAGCAGCAUUAUUUGUUAUUUUAUUUUAUUUUAUUUUAUUUUAUUUUUAGGGACAAGGUCUUGCUAUGUAGCCCAAACUGGUCUCAAACUCCUGGCCUCAAAUGAUCAUCCCAUUUUAGCCUCCCAAAGUUCUGGGAUUACAGGCAUGAGCCACCACACCCGGCAGCGGCAUGAUUCUCAAAAACCAAAUACUGGAAGAAACCCAAACGUGUCUGAGCUUUGAUGAGUGGAUAAACAGCACAGAAUAUAGAAGACUACUCAGCAAUAGAAAGGCAUUCAAUUGUAACAUGCCACAUGAUUCCUGGAGGCAGCCGUGCGUGAGUGCUGGUCGGGCUGCAGCUCUAUGGCUCGCCCUGCCUCCCCAGCCUGCCUGGGCUCUUGUGUGCUCUUCCCCUAGUCAGGGAAAAUCCUUGAACCACCCACUUCUGAGAAACGGUGAAAGAGAGAAGGAAGGAGUAAGAAACAAAAGAAAGAAAGGGGCCAGGCACAGUGGCUCACCCCCAUAAUCUCAGCACUUUGGGAGGCCAAUGUGGGAGGAUUGCUCGAGUUUAGGACUUCAGGACCAGCAAGUGGGGAUCCCCACCAACACUAGGGCCUGCCUAUCUGGAUUAAGAGCCACAAUUUUGCCCUCUUCCCUGGCUGGUAGGGAGGAGGCUGCAC